CAGACCUAAACCCAGGCAGCGGGGAGGACAGAGACUUUGAGGCUGCGCGAGGCGUAAUUAUGGUUUUGUGAAUUUGACAAGGAGGUGGAGGAUUACAUCACCGGCACAAAGAGGAAACAAAAGUCAGCUAAUCCGAGCACUGCACAGAGGGAACCAAAUUCCUGCUCAAGCAUGGCAGACCAGAAAGACAACAUAGAUGACUUUAAAGUCCAGACAGCCAAGCACUCUAACAUGAGUUCGGCCCCUUUACGGCCACACAGUGAACAUUCUAAAGACCGGGCAUCCAAAAGGCUUUCAUCUGAUUCUAAUGGGACCAGUGAAGGAGGUGUGGGGUCAUCCACACCAGUGGAGCUGACUGCUUUGGAAGAGGCGUUUCGGCGAUUCGCCAUCCAUGGUGACACACGUGCUACCGGCAAAGAUUUGCACGGCAAGAACUGGUCCAAACUCUGCAAGGACUGCAGUGUGAUUGAUGGCAAGAACAUCACCCUCACUGAUGUCGACAUCGUCUUUAGCAAAGUCAAGAAGAAAUCCUCUCGCACCAUCACAUUUGAGGAGUUCAAGGUUGCCCUCGGAGAACUCGCCAAAAAGAAAUAUAAAGAAAAGACCGCAGAGGAUGCUGAGGCCGAGGUCUUUAAGCUGAUCGAGGGGAAGACACCUGUCAUUGCUGGAGUCACAAGAGCCGUGGCUUCCCCCACAGUGAGCCGCCUCACAGACACCAGCAAGUUUACAGGCUCACACAAGGAGCGUUUUGACACCACCGGGCGUGGGAAGGGUAAGGCGGGACGAGUAGACAUAGUUGACACUUCCGGAUAUGUCUCGGGAUACAAACAUCAAGGGUCCUACGAAAAGAAAGUCACUAAACCCACUGAUGCCAAACCCAUGUGAGGGAGAAGAUGAGGAAAUAAACAUUUGAUCUACUACUAGGAUACUUUUCUAAUAAAGGAGUACUCAAAGAAAGCACAAAAGAAUAGGUUUUCAUAUAUUUUCCCACCCAUCUAUUUUGUGUGUGCGUGUGUGAGAGAGUGAUAUUUUUGAGUUCCUCUCUUUGUGAAGUGUGAGAACUGGAAAACUGUUUACAUGUAUUUUUACAAAGUCAUCACCAGCUGGUACAUUCCUGUCUGAUAGCGAGCUACUGCCAAACACUGAAAGAGAACAAAUGAGAGAAACUGCUAUGCUAUGAAUACUGAAGCUUUGUUGUUAUGAUAGGGCCUUAUAUUAUUUAUUGAGCACAAUGAACAACAUGCUGAGAAAAACAGAAGUGAGACAACAGUUUGAUGAAUUAACAACAUUGCACUUUUAAUGAAAAAUUUUCUACUCCCAUAUUUAGGCGAAUAAAUGUGUUUUUAAUUUGUUUCAGCAAAGUUCAAGUAAUAAUUGGCACACAUUUCUGACAGAUAUUAUUAGUUUUUCUUUUUCUUUUGGAAUAUUAAAAUUGUUCAUUCCAUCUUCAGUGUUGUUUGUCUGCCAUCCCAACUUUUUAACUGUAUGGUCUUUACAAAAUCUGCUGUUGAUUUACUUUAUAGCUCACACUGUCAUUUGAAUAAUUUGCCUUCAGCUCAAACCAAGAAUAGGAUAUUGUUAUAUAUUAUAUAUUGUAGGAUAUAUGUCUUUGUCAAUUUCCUUUUCUUUUUUUUUUGGAAAGAUACAAUUUAGAUAAUUGUGUCUUUUUUUUAACUUAUGCCAUAUCUUCUGGGUUUUGUAAAUGUGUUAAGCAUAAAAAACAUGCAAAUUACUGAAAUGGGUCUUGUAACUCAAACUAAAUUCUUUAAAUAUGAUUUCUUUAUUUUCUCUUACACUGUCAUUAUUCAGACCCUAUUGUGUCUACCAUUUUAAUAACAUGCAUUUCACAAUUGGUGACUUCAGCUGAAGAAGGAAGCUCUAACCACAGCAGAUGAGCCGAGUUGUACAAGAUUGUAUCUUUAACAUUCUACUUCAAAUUGUAUUUACUCAUCAGAUUCAUAUACAGUAGUUCUAAUAUAUUUGUGGUAAGAUUGUGUAUAUGAUAAAAGUUUUAGCCACAUGGCUUAAUUUAUGACACUGGCUUCAUGUUUUUUUAUUUGACCUGUAUUGCUGUACUUUGUGCAUGUUAUAUAUACUGCAUUUGAUUCAGAAGCAUAUAAAUAAUGUAUGUUAUUGGAACUGCCAUGCCUGCUGUGAGGACAGACUACUGGACAGACUUCAUAUUUUCUUGCUUAAAAAAAAGGAAAAAAAAAAGAGAUUAAGUAAUUAAAUUGUCGGAUCAUGGUAAAAUCUUGUAUUGCUUGAAAUCAAUAUGUAUCAACUUGUACAUGUGCAAAGUCAGCUAUUUUCUUAUGUUAUAUUUGUUGAUCACGAGUACCUUUUAAUGUGUGGUACUGUCAUCCCAGGCACACAUUUAACUGAAAAAAGCAGGGGCUUACUAUUCUAUCCUUAAAUACUGUAAGAGAUAAAGCGAUAAUUGCAAACUAGUAAUAUACUUUUGUAAAAUAUUUUUCCAACAUUGUAACAGUGUUUCUUUCACACCACCUGUAGCCUCAGCCGAUGAAGAAUCAUGCAUCAAGCGCAAAACCAGCAGCUAUCAAUGUGUUAGUUUUUUGUCUUCUGCAGUAGCAUGAGUAUCAUCUGUUUUCUGUGCUUAAUGCCAAAUACUGUGCACCUUUAAUGGAGGAACAAUAUUGUCCUUUUUUCCCUUCUUUGAAAUAACUUUUAAUGUGCUAUUGUGGCCCGGUGCAUGCAGUGUGUUUUUGUUCUUGUUCUUUAGACCUCUUAAUGUGUGUUCAUGAUUUGUAGUGCUUUAUUGAAAAUAAAAAAAACACCCCAGAACCUCUGCUGACUGGG